AUGGGUCGGAAAUUGGGUCUCUUUCGCGCCAUUUAUCUGGUAUCAGCCAGCUGCAUGGGCUCUUUUGCCUUUGCCUUUGAUACCGGCGUCAUCAGCGGCGUUCUCACGCUGCCUUCUUUCCAGCAAGACUUUGGGUAUACGACUGCUCAGAAGACGUCUGUCAAUUCCAAUGCUGUAUCUAUCCUUCAGGCGGGCGCCUUCUUCGGCUGCUUCUUUACCACGCCCAUCGCCUCAUUCCUCGGGCGCCGGCUUGGCCUCAUCCUCAGCUCUCUAGUCUUCACUGUCGGUACUAUCUUGCAGGUCGUCAACUCACACACCUUGGGCACGUUUUACGCCGGUCGGGUGAUUGCUGGCAUCGGUAUCGGCGCCGCGACAGUGCUCAUCCCCGUGUAUGCUGCUGAGAUGUCUCCCAAAGACCUCCGUGGUCGACUCGGAUCCUGCUUUCAAUUGUUCUUUGCCCUAGGGGUCAUGGUCGCCUACUGGGUCACAUAUGCUGUAUCGGAGGACCAGCCAUCCGCCACGAAACAAUGGCAGAUCGCACUGGGUCUCCAACUCCUUCCCUCGUCACUCCUCCUCUUCGGAAUGUGCACCGUCAAGGAAAGCGCUCGAUGGCUUGCAUCGAAAGGAAAGAUCGAAAAGGCCCGAGAGUCACUGAAAUGGGUGCGUGGCGGCGAGGAGACCGAAGAGCUGCAACAAGAAUUCGACGAGAUCAUGGCCGGCAUCGAAGAAGAAACGCGAAUCAAGGAGGGCUUUACCUUCCGUGAACUCCUCCUUCCCGCCAAUCGAUAUCGACUGUUCAUCGCCUUUACUAUCCAGCUCGCCGCCCAACUCACCGGAAACACCUCCCUCGCCUACUAUGCCACGCAGAUCUUCUCCGCCGUGGGAGCCGGCAACUCCAGCAAGCUCGUGACAGGCUUCUUCGGCGUGGUCAAAGUCGUCGGCGUUAGUAUCUUCCAGAUCUUCGUCAUGGAUCGCAUCGGUCGGCGCUGGCCCUUCAUGGUCGGCGCCGCCGCCAUGGGCUCCUUCAUGCUCAUCAUCGCUUGCAUCCUGGCCACUCAUUCGACAGAUUCCAACGAGACGGGGAGCGCCUCGCCGUCAGGAAUCGCCAUGAUCCUCAUGACCUAUUGCGAAGCAUUCAGCUUCAACAUGUCAUGGGGUCCGCUGCCCUGGCUGUACGUGGGCGAGAUCUUCUCGAGUCGCACCCGUGAGAUUGGCGUAACCGUUGGCGCAGCCUCGCAAUGGUUAUUCAACUUUAUGAUGUCGCAGGUUACUCCGCAUGCGAUUGAAAAUAUUGGAUGGAGGAUGUUCCUGAUGUUUGCUAUCUUCAAUUACGCGAUCGUAGUAUAUUCGUAUAUCUUCUUAAAGGAGACCUCCAAAUACUCACUCGAAGAAAUGCAACACGUCUUUGGCGGCGACAGCCCCCACUCCAAACCCGACAGCAACAAACUCACCACCACCGACACCAUCGACAAGACCGACGUCAGCGAGGUUGAGAACCAUCGAGACCGUAAGACCGCCACUCCAACGGAGGGUUAA